UUUGACGUAAAACAGCUUCAACUUGCUCCAAUUUCGUUUUUUCGUCUGAGUGGAAUUUAUGAUAAAUUCUUUAUAUGAGUGACAUAACUGGCACCUGCCAUUUAUUGCUCGUGUUUCGGCCCGCGUUUCCUGUGUACAGAUUUCGUUUGUGAAGCGGUGUUCGCAUUCAAUCUGUAUGCAACUGUUACGCGUCGCCUCGACCAUGUCUUACCAAGGAUCACCAUAUUCGGGCCCGGGUGAUGAGUAUGACUUCGAGGACGACGGGUACGACGAUUUGGACGAAUACAGGGAACGGGAGGAGACGGUGCCGCCGCCGCCGCCAGUCGACGACAGCGACGAAGAUACUGAGGAGGCAAGUGAGACAGACAUCCCAAACAAUGAUGAACCUUUGGAGGUUAAAGAACAGAUGUACCAAGAUAAGCUGGCCAGUCUGAAAAAGCAACUUCAGCAGUUGGAAGAUGGCAUCCACCCUGAAUAUUUGAAAAGGGUGAAACGGUUGGAACACCAACUGCAUGAGAGGCUGCGGUUGAAUAAAAUAUAUAAAGAUCACAUGUAUGAAGUGGUAGACAGGGAGUAUGUAGCAGAGAAAAAGGCUGCAGCGAAAGAGUUUGAAGAGAAGAAAGUGGAGUUACAGGAGAACUUGCUUAGUGACUUUGAGGAUAAGAGGAAGAUGAUAGAAAGUGAAAGGCACAGUAUGGAGCUUAACGGAGAUUCUACAGAGGUGAAGCCGAUGAUGAAACGCAUCCUGAGGCGGCGCGCGAACGAGCCUGCGCCGGCGCCGGAGAAGCGCCGCAAGCCGCUGGCGACAGCGCUCACCUUCAUGCUGGACGACCGUGACAUCGACGCGGACCUGCGCGCCAUCGCACGCGCCGAGCCGCCGCGCGCCCCGCCGCCGCCGCCGCCGCGCAAGCGACUCAGCUCCAACAACUCAGGUGAAUCUCCAGUGCGCGAGAACAGCGACACGACGGACACGCGAGUGGAGGACGGCAAGCUGCUGUACGACCGGCGCUGGUACCACCGCGGCCAGAGCGUCUACGUGUCCUCCACCGGCCGCGAGCUGGGACGCUUCCCCGCGCACAUACACGCCAUCACUGACGAGGCGAUAUGGGUGAAGAAAACAAACUUAGAACGAAUAAGGAUAUACAUCUCACAGUUAGCGCGCGGUAAAGUGACAAUAAAGAGGCGCGCGUCGUAAUGUGCCAGUGUUAUGUACCACUGCCUGUGUGACUAGUUCGGCUAGAUGUGUGCUGCGGUGUGCGCGUGCGCAGGAUACGGCGACGUCGCCGUCGGAGCAGGUGACGUCACAACUCCAGUGAUUGUGGCUA